GUUCCACCCGCUGCUGCCAGAAAUCACUCACAACGAAACAUCCGACCCCUCCAUGACCUUCCAACUACCACAACACAACAUGUCGGACACCUCUGACAGGAGCCCAGCUGGUGAAGGGCCCGGUGGGUCCACCUCCUCUGUACGGGGGGAUCCCCGUCCUGAGCAGCUCCGAACGGAGGAGCCAAACUACUGCAGAGAAUUACAGGAAUCCUUCUCCCAGCUGGUCCUCUCAGAGUGUCUCCCACAGGAGUCCAUUCACAUGAUGUCCCCCCAUCCGAGGACCGGUUACUCUGUCCCGUCAAACAUCAGCACUUUAGAGGCAGGAGCGUCCAAAGAGCACAAAGAUUCAGUCCCAGUCGUCGAUCAUCAGUCAGAGAUGAAGGCUGAUCCUGAUGAGAAGCAGAAACAUUUCUCUGCUUCAGAGGCGACUUCGGAAGUGGGCUGGGAGCGAGGCAUCCUGGAGCAGUCCCAGAUCACACUGGUGAGUCUGACAGACACAACGUUACAGGAUCAGGACUUCAUCGCCACUGAUGAUGAGGAAGUCCCAGAGAGCAUGAAGGAUGAUGGGCAGGAAGGGUUGGUAACCAAGGGGGCAGAUUGUUCACAGCUAUCUGAGGAUGAUGGUCAGAAGCUUCCAGCAACAAUCCUGGAGUUUCAGUGGAGUCCGAGCAGCGUCCAGCAGGACGCCUUCCAGCAGAAGCGUCAGGCCCUCAUUCAGAGGUCAAACCGCAGGGUGGAGGAGAUCAAAAGCAGACGGUCUGUCGGCAAAUACGAACUCAAAGGAAAAGACUCUGUUAAAGCGGACAGAGUUCAGUCAGUCAGCUGUGAGGUCAAAAUGAUGCAAACCAACGGCGAGGUGGAGGGAAGACGGGCUGGACGGAAGCUCCACCUUCCUGCAGAAG